AUGGACCGGAUGGUGUUGUUUGUGGCGUUCCUGAUUCUGAUGGCGGCUUUCAGCGGCGGCGCCUGGGCGAAGACGCCCCCAACGGAGGCUCCCACGGGAGAUGACCCCUGCUUCACGGCUGUCUUGGACAACCUUUUACCCUGCGUGGACUUCGUGGAUCCCGGGGGGAACCAGACGAAGCCCUCCAAGGAGUGCUGCCAAGGCCUCGAGGAUUUCUUGGCACGCAACCGCACAUGCAUCACCUUUCUCAUCAACGCCAAACCGGCCGACCUCCCCGUCCCUGUCGACCAGAGGAAGGCCCUCAAUCUCCCCGGUGUCUGCAGUGCGAGUAUCCCUCAGCUUGACCAUUGUUUCCUUCAUUUCAUUUUUUCCUUCUACUCUCUUUCCCUGUGUUCUAGCGCAGUAUUAUUUGGUUUUCCAGGUUACAAUUUUACUGUCAAAAGUCGGAAGGGGCCGUCACCCGCCCACUCGCCGACCAGCGCCCCCGCCACCCCGCCGACCAAUGCCGCCGCCCCUCCACCGACCAAUGCUGCCAACCCGAGUUUCAUGCCCUCCGCGACGGCUUUUCUCGCGGGCAUCUCCCUCGCCAUCGUCGCCGCCCUCCUCUGA